AUGACGACCUUGCACUGCCUGGGCGCCGGUGCCGGCACCACCUCCAUCUACGAGGGCGAGCCGAGCAGCUCUUGGGCACUGCGACGCGGGAAUGCCUUCUUUCUGGCUGACCUGGGUGCCGGUGUAUGUCGGUCUGCCUUGAGGCAAUUAGGAGAGAUACCAUCGACGAUUUUCAUUAGCCACAACCACAGUGACCAUGCCGCUGAGUUGCCGAUUGUCCUGGCAGUUGAAGGUCUUCAGAAGAAGCGCGGUAUGCGGGUCAUUGCUGCGCCUGAGGUGAUGGAAAGGCUUCAGAAGCACCGCAUGCAUGAGCUGCUUAGCACGGGCUGUGAGCUUGGAAGCUUCGCCUCUUGGCAGAGCGCUCCAGAAGGUGAAGCUGUGAACGUGGAGACGGAGGCAGGCCGGAUGAAGAUCACGACGCGGAGAUCGCUGCACAGCGAGUGCUGCUUCGGAGCCUGCAUCCAGAUGGGCGAUCUGCGCAUUGGCUGGACGGCUGACAGCGGCUUCAGCCAGUCUUUGCUGGAUGCCCUUAGCAGAUCGCAUCUGCUGAUCGUGGACGCGCGCAAGGUUGGAGGGCCCGAGCAUGCCAGCUUUCAGGACAUUGUCGAGUACGUGUCCUCCAGGGAAGACGUGGCAUUUCUGGGAGUCAACCCGCAGCAGGGGGUCUGCCAGGUCGCAGUGCUGGGCUACGGCAGCCAGGCACAGGUGCCCCAAGACGAGCUGCCACCAAGUGCAGUGCUGAAGCCGGGGGAUGUGAUUGCAUUCUGUGAAGACACGUUGAUGCCCUGCCGGGUGACACGCCGGCCAGACUUCUUUACGCGGUUGUGUACAUGGUGUAGCUGA